AUGGGAGAUGGUAACUUGCCGCUUAAGCAAUUGACAAGCGACUCCAGCACAACGCAGGAGGACAAGCAGGCAGGAAACACACUUGCAUCUGGAGGAUCUGCCAACAGUGACGGACAUGUUUCUGUUUCUGCUUCUGUUCCCAAAAGCCCGUCUGCCCCCAGUGAGAACACAACCGCCAAUCGCGGCACGUACGAGGAGGCCAAUUCAACACAACCGGCUCCCCAAUUCACCUCGGCCCUGGAUAAGGGUGCGGUUGAUGCAAAGCGAGAUGCAAACCACCCUGCCCACAAACACAAAGAUGUCCAUACACCCGCCUCGAUUCAUCUCGCAAAAGACAACCAGAAUCAAGCUGAGCCUCGUCGAUUUAACGAGUCGUUGACUAAACUAGGCCAAAUCUUGAAGCUCGAUCAGAUAGGCAAUCUGCUGGUCGACCACGACGACGACGACAUUAUUACCCGGCUUCUACAAAAGGCUGGAGAAAUGAUGUCGAGAAAUGACCAGCUCCAGUCAACGUUGGAUGCUAAUAAAGUCCUCGUUGAGAAUGCUCAACAGAGGUUUUCUACGGCCGACGAUUUGAUCCACACCAUGAAGAUUGAAAAUGAAAAUCUACGGAAGCAAUUCAAACAGCAGGAAGAGCGGCUCAAGGAGGUCGAAGACGACAGCGUGCAAGCAAAUGCGCAAUUGACACUGGCUCUUCGUCUGAAAUACGAAGCGGACUCGCAGUUGAAGGACCUCAAGGAGUCGCAAAGCAAACUCGAGAUGGAAUUUCUAAACCAGGUGGAGGGCUUGUCAUCCAAAAACAUCAGCCAGAGCAAGGAAUUAAACAGCCUCCGGCUCGAGAUUGGAAGAUACGAGCAGGAAAAGUUUACAACCAGCAUGGAGUUAGCCAAAACGCAAAACGAAGUGUCCUACUUGAAAAGCCAGACCAAAUGGUACGACGAGGAACUAAAGUCUACGCAAGCCAAGUACUCCAAGUUGCUCAAGAAGCAGGAGUCUGUGGAAAUAGCCAAUGGCUCCAUAUCUCUGGACUUGCAAGCUGAGGUUCAAAGCUUGACGCUAUUGGCAAAGGGCCACGAGUCGACAAUUGCCAGUUUAAGGGCUUCGUUGGCAUCGGCGUCAAAAGAAAGUUCAAAGCUUGAAGCCAAGUUGUCCCAAGCAGAGUCACGGUUACACCAGGAGUUGAGUGCAAAGCAAGAAUUGAUUGACUUGACGAAAAUCCAAUCGGACCUGAGGCAGGCUCGAAUACAGCAGCUCGAGGCCUACACGGAUCGCAUAAAGAAAACCUCGGACGAGGCCGUAUCGGCUCUUGAAGUAACAGUGUCGGAUCAGCAGGAAGAGAUCAACGACUUGCAGGAGCGGCUAGCUCGCGCCGAAGGUGCUUUAGCUGGAAAGAAUAAUCUGGAAGACGGAUUGGUUGGCAUUCACGAGGGCGGUAUCUCCCUUGCGUCCUUAUACUCGGAAUACAUGCAUGUUAAAAGGGAAAUGACCUUUGAGCGCACUCAGAAGCAAAAGUUGGAAAAAGAAAUGGAAGGCUUUGUUACAGAGUUGGAUUCGUUGAAAAUCGUCAUGUCGAAUUACCGGGACCAAAAAGAGUUUUAUGACAAUCAUACUGCGGACAUGCAAAAGCAGAUGAGUUCAUUACGCCAGGAGAAAGUUGAGUUGGAGAAGAAACUCAAGUACAUGAACUCGUCAGUACAAGAAACUGACAGGGAAGUAUCAAGAUUGAAAAAAUUGCUCAAGGACGUGGGGCGGCAGUUGUGCUUUGUGUUGAUUCACUCGAAAAUAAGAGAUGGAAAUGAGAGCCCUUUAACCGCGAGCGAAAAGUCAACUAUUGAAGGCAUUAUAAACCGCACGGGGAACACGGAAGAGUGCUAUGAGUCGGACACGGAUAAGCUCAUCACCGAGAGGCUUUUGGACUUUAAGAACAUUGUGGAACUCCAACAGCGGAACGAGGAACUAUUGCUCGCGGUGCGACAGCUCUCAGGGAGAUUGGAACUGCGGGAAGCAGAGUUCGAUCACUCUGAGACGGUGGCUAUUGAGGAAGCCCAGGAAGCAGUCUUGAUGCUAGAGAGCGAGUUGGAAAAUGUCAAUGCACAAGUCCGGAAUCUCACAAAGGAGAGGGACGCUUUCAGUCGUAUCAUUCUGAAUGGCUCUGCCAAUGAAUCUGGCGCUGGUUUAAAGGAGCCGGAUCUUGAGCUACAGAAAUUCAAGGAUGAAUCAGCAGAAGCCUUGAGCCGAAUAUCGCGAGAGUUGCGUGAAGUCAAAGAAUCAAACGCUGAUCUUGCGUCUAAGCUCUUGGCGGCGGAAAAGACAGCAGAGCGUGCACAAUCGAGGGCAUCGAUUUUGCAGAAGUCUGUGGAAAUGGAGCAGGAGCAAAAGGACCAGUCCAAAUCGAAAACCGACUUUUGGAGGUCACGCUCUGAAAAGCUUCAAACCGAGUUGGACCAGCAGCUAAAGUUGGUCAACAACCUCAAGUCCGAGAUUGCGGAAUGCAGGAUCAAUGUCAGCACCUUGCAGCACGAGAUCUCGUACGGGAAAGCAAUGAAAGAGACUUUGGAGAGCGCAAUCUCGACCUUGCAGGGCGACAAGCAGCAUUUAUCAGAGCUUGUGUCGAAUUUGCUGGCCAUUAUUAGAGAUAAACAAGAGGAGUUGAGCGCGUUGGCAGCAAAGAUGAGUGAGUACACCAGGACAAACCAGUCAUUACAGCAAAAGCUUUCCGAGGCGCAGGAGCGAUCUCAAAUUCUAUCGGGCCAAUCCGAGAUGUCCAUCAAGUCUCAGAACACAAAGUUAGAGCAAAUAAACCAGUUGAGCUUGCAGUUGUUGCACACCAAAGACGAAUUGUUGCAAAAAGAACGACUACUAGCAGACUUGCACCACCACCAGGGGGGUGCCACUUCAAACUUCCCAACCAAGGCAGAGGUGGAGCAACUAAAGGAAGAGUUGAAGGAAGCAGGAGACCGCAUUUCCGAGCUUGCAAGUUCAAUACAGGAGAAAGAAAAAUUGCUUGAGAAGGAAAGGAGGGAAUCGGAGCAAGCACUAGCAUCGAAAGGAUUGGAAAAGGCUUCGGCUGAUGCAGAAAUCACACGACUCACUCAAGUGAUUAAUUCCAAGAUCGAGGAGCAGAACAACACAAGAAAGACGUUUUUGAAGGAGUUGAAUGAAGCUCGGUCGAAACUAAGGUUACACCAGGAAAAGGUUGACCAGUAUGACAAGGUAGAGCAGAGAUUCCAACUUCAGUUGGACAAAACCAACCAAGAAUUGAUUGAUCUGAAGACUUUUGCAAGAGAGUUGGAAAACAGAAUCAAGGCCGAUAACUCCAAAACGCGCGGUUUGCAUCAGCAAAUUGAUAUCUUGAAAGCCAAAGCGGAAGAACAGGAGGAUAGCAUCAAAGCGUUGGAAGCACAGAUACAGAGAAGCCGGGAAUCUUUCAGUGAGACUGAACGGAGACUCUUAUCCGAUAAACUUGAGCUUCAACAGGCCAGUUCCAAGACCUCAACAAGAGUCGCCGAGUUGGAAGAGCAGAAUAGACUUUUGCUUGGUCAAAUCGAGGUUAGCAAAAGCGCGCACGGCCCCAGUUCUGACAGGCCCGAGGAAAUCUCGCAAAUAAUCGGCUUCUUGCGCCGCGAAAAGGAAAAAAGCGAUGCCAGAUUGCCCGUGUUGGAAGAGGAAAAUGUUGCCUUGCGGGUUAAAAUCGAAUCGUUGCAAAAUGAAGUAUCGUCACGCCAAAACGGACAACAGCAGGCUUCCAUAAAUCUAGGGGCAGACGUGGCGGAGCAUGCCAACUUGACCACUCAGUUGGACCAGCUAAGUGCUUUGAGGGAAAGCGUGAACCUGUUGACGCAGGACAAUGGCAGAAAGAACGAAGUAAUCUCCAACAUGAACUCGGUUGUCACGAGACUACAGUCAGAGCUAGAAAACGCAAAACAGACUUAUCAAAACAAGCUUGCCCAGUUUGAUCUUGAGCUGCAGCGGGUGAGGAUGCUCACCGAGGAGACAACUCGUUUAACCAACUUGUUAAAGAAUGUCGGGGCUCGCCAACAGGAAACCAACGCUCCUGCAGCAGCACCCCCACCCCCUCCUUCAGAAGCGCAAAAAACACCAGCAUCUGAAAUAGCUAAAAUGCAGGAACAGAUGGAUAAGUUGAAAACGAAAGCAAACGAGAGAAUCAGGCAGUUGAGAAGUGAGCUAGACUCCAAGGUGGAGGAUGUCACCAAGGCGAAGAAUGCGGAGAUACAACAGUUGCAAGAGAAAUACGAAGAGUUGGUGGGCAAAUUAUCCUCCAGGGACUCGAAAGACUCGAAGGAAUCAAAGGAAUCCAAGGAGGCAAGCUCUGGCGCAACCAACGUUGAUGCGAGAGAUCUGGAGAGAAUUGCGGCGCUUAGCAAAGAGCUCAAAGCUGUGCGGGAGCAAAGUGCAACUUUGGUUAAGGAAAAGAAUGAGUUGGUGUCAAGAUUGGCAAAGAUGAAAUUCAACAACCCGGAUCCGGCAAAGGCACCCGGUGCAGCAGAAUUGCAGGAGAGUCAGAAGAAGUAUAAGGAAUUGGAAGGCGUUUUGAAAAAAACACAAGACGAGUUUCAAAAAAGGAUAGAGGAAGAGAAGGAUAAAGUGAGGGUGUCCGUUGAAAAGAAAUUGGAGUUUAGAAUGAAGAUUUUGAGCAGGAAAUUGGAAAAUUAUGAAAACGGGGGUGGCUCUACAAGAGUGAGAGCAGCGCCUCCUGCUGUUCCUCUGCUGACAGAGUCGCUGGAGCCUAAAACUUCGCCUGCACCGCUGGACAAAUCCUCGCUUGCCGCCGCUAAAGCACCAACGUCAACGCCCACGGGACAAACACGACAGCAGCCAAAAAACAAUGCAUCUCAGCAGUCUGUGGUUCCAGUCAUUGCAGAGCAUGUGUUUAAUCAAGUACCACAGUCUGCGCAUAGUGUUGCGCCACCGCAUUCAGCCACACUGUCGGGCAAUUCUCAAAUGCAGUCCCCGUUGACCCUCCGCAUGGAGAAUUCUCAGCAAAAUGAACCCAAUCUGUCAUUGACGAAUCCAGCACGACAAGAGCAGCCAGCAACUGAAAACCCCACUGGUUCUCCAGCACAUGUCGUACCAUCGUCAUCAUCAUCAUCACCAACAACAACAACAUCAACCACAACCGCUGCACCACUGCAAACGCAAGUGCAAGUUGAAACGGCUCAACUGAAGCCCACGCUAGUGACACCGGAAUCAGGGGGGCAAGUCACACCAGAGCUGAAUCCGUCACAAGCACCAUCACAAGCACCGUUACAAGCAGCAGCACCAACGCAGGCAACACCGGUAAAAACGACAGCCACUGCAGCUCCCGCUAAUCAAUUGCAAAAUCAACAACCAAAACCGCAGAUCAAAACUUUAGCUUCAAGGCCGCAAAUCGGAAAAGAGGCCGUGAUAGCUAAACGGCCCGAGAUUGCUAGACCUGAGCCAAGAGCACGAAACCUGAGCUUACCAAAGAACGAAAAAAAGCGCUCAUUCGAAGACGAGAGGCCGAAAAUCAAGAAAACCAGAAAGGAUUAA